AUGAAUGUACCAGUAUCGACUGUGCAGACGAGAAGACGGCUGAAAAAGGUGGAGGAAGAGGAAAAUGCAGCUACUUUGCAGCUUGGCCAGGAAUUCCAGAUGAGACAAUUGAACCACCAGGGUGAGGAAGAGGAAUUAAUUGCGUUGAACCUGAGUGAAACUCGUUUGGUUAUCAAGGAAGCACUUGUCGAACGUAGGAAGGCGUUUAAACGGUCGCAGAACAAACGUAAGAGUAAGAAAAGAAAUGCAGUGAGUAAGAAUGAGACAGAUUCCACACUAGUAGAGGGCAGGGAAAAUGGUACUGGGUCUGAAGGCCAGGUAGAUCACCAUGGAGCUGAUGCGGAUAUGGAGGAUGAUGAUGAUGAUGAGGAUGAUAACGAUUUUAUGCACACAGAGACCCGUGAAAAGGAGCUGGAGUCGCUAGAUGCACUUCUAGAGCAAACUACAGGUGGUAACAACAAGGAUUUAAAAAACACAAUGGAAUAUUUGACUAAUUUUUCUAGGUUCAGGGACCAGGAAACGGUUAGUGCAGUGAUUCAGUUGUUGAAGAGUGUUGGAUUGCACCCUUUCGAAGUAGCGCAGUUAGGAUCUCUAGCGUGUGACACAGCCGAUGAGGCCAAGACUUUGAUACCAAGUUUGAAUAACAAGAUUUCGGAUGACGAUUUGGAAAGAAUCUUAAAAGAACUUUCCAAUCUGGAGACGUUAUACUAA